AUGGAAAGUGACAUCAAUUACACUAUAGAAGGCUACAAUUUUGAUCUUGAAGCAUUCUUAGCACCAACUCAACCAUCAUUAACUCAACCAUCAUCAGAAUCAUCGAGAUCUACUCCACUCUCGACAGAAACAAUCACAAAUACAUCUUCACAAAGUCUACCUCAACCUCAACAGCAACAACAACCAAAAAAAAAAACUUUUGCAAGAGCUUGUGAUUCGUGUUCUGUCAGAAAAGUCAAAUGCGAUUUAAAAGUUCCUUGCAAUAGAUGUUUAACCCAUUCCUUAAAAUGUACAAAUAAUAGAAUUAAAAAGAAAUGUGGUCCUAAAAAGAUUCAUGAAAAAACAAGAGAUGCUAUAAAUCAACUAGCUGUAACUACUGCUUUAGCUAAUGAUGAAUUUGUUCCCUUAAUACCACUAGAAAAACUAUUACCUUGUUUGAAUGUUUAUCAAGUUUGGUAUUAUGGUAUAUGGCCCGUUAUAUCAGUUGCUGAAUUAAUUUCAAGAUCAGAUCCAGAUGCUUACGCAUUAUCAUGUGCUGUAUGUGCAACUAUAACUAAUCAAGUAAGUUUCAUAACAAAUCAAAAAUAUAUUCCACAAGAUAUCAUCAAUAUAGAUUUUGCAUCAGAAGCUAUAAGAGUCAAGAAAUUGCAACCAACAUUAGAAUCAAUUUUAACUUCAUUUUUUUUACAUAUUGCAAUAACAUGUAAACAUAGAGGACCCGAGGCGAUAUGUUAUUUAAGAGAAGCUAUAACUUUAGCUCAAAUGAUGGGAUUGGAUAAACCUGAGAAUUAUGUUGUAUCAACUGCUGAAGUACAUAGAAUGAGAAAGAUAUAUUAUUUAUUGUUAGUUACUGAAAGAUUCUUGUGUUUAGAACAAUCAAUUCCAGUAUUAUUAGAGCCCUCAAUUCCAUUUCCUUCAUUAAAUCAUGAAGAAUAUUCAGUUUUAUUAAGUGGAUUUAGAGAAUUAAUUAAAAUAUUUGCUAUUCCCAACAAAUCAAUAUUUGAACAGUUCAGAAGUAUAAAAAAUAAUGAAGAAUCGUUAAGGUUGAUAUGUACAAUUCAAAAUCAACUCAAACAAAUUGAAAUAUUAAAAGCCGCUCCAGAUAUACAGAAAGCCAAUAUUCUUCUAAGCAAAUACUGGAUGUCGAUUUUAACCUGGAAUAUAGCAAAUGAAAAUAACAUGCUUAAUGGAAUAGGUUGUUUAUCAAAUGAAUUUCCAAUAACAAUGUCGAAAGAGUUUUGUCAGGUAUCAAAAAACUUGCCAUUAAAUUCUUUCCAAUUCAAUGGAUCAGGGGUUAGUUUUAAAUUAAUUACGAUAGCUAAAGCCUUGAUAAAAUCGAUAAAAUUGACUCAAGAUUAUUCAGGUUAUGAAUAUUUCAAACAUAUUUCAAAUAUUUUAUCACAUUUACGAAUAGAUUUAACUUCUUCAAAUUUUGCAAAUACCUCUACUACUGAUUUAUUGCUAACUGAAGAGGAGAUUUUCAUUUAG